AGCCUGAGAGGGCAUUUGGAGAGCACAGUCUUGCUGUGCACACGUGAACGUGCACGACGGACAUUUCCCCAGGUGGGAGCAGCCCUUGCACGGGCAGCCCAUGUGUCUUGCUGAGCUGUGGAUCUACUUUGCAAUAGCUGAGCAUUAGGUUCUGAAUUUGUUUACCUCUUGUCAAAGGAAUGCAGGUUGAAAAGCUGGUCAUGUGGUGCUUAAGUAAAAACAAGAGUUGCCUUUAAGCUGAAAAAUAUUAACCAAUAAAUUCCCACACACUGUAAAUUUUGGUCUCCAUUUUAAUAAUGACUUUUUAAAUAAGAGAAGUGACAUUUAGAGGACUCUUUUUUUUUUUACACAAGUAGGAAAGGACAGAUUCAUAUUUAUCAUGUGCUCAAGUCCUUGUCAUGCUAUGUGUUGGUUUUAUUUUUUUAUUUUCAUGUUGUCCUGGCUUGAAUUGUAUUUACAGUCUUCCCAGUAAUUGCUGGAAAACAAAGCUAUAAGAAUCUUAUCUUUAAUUUCUUUAUUUUCUUUAAUUACUGAAAAUUUUAGUUCCAUUAGUAAGUCCAAUCAAACCAGUAAAAGUCACCUUGAUAUUUGGCCCCACUUUGAUCAAAUGUUUGUUUGUUGCUAGUUGAAAGGUAUUUAUGUGACAGUAAUAAAAUACUCCUGCUGUAUAACUACUUGUGAAUGAGAACAUAAGAAAUAGUAUGUUGUCUCACCCUAUUCCCUGCUUUGUUUCACCUAGCAAGACGACAGUGACUACAGUUCACUGACACAGAUCAGGUGCAUCAAAACAAAUUAUUAAAUAUAUUCUGAGCAAGCUGUUGCCUGUAUGAUCUAUAAUUACAGGUAUUCUAAGCAAACAAUGUAUUAGCCUAUGACUAAUAAGUACUCUGGGGAGAGGUAAAUUAGGGUAAGGUAAGAGUAAAUUAGAUUGGGUAAGGUUAUACAAAUUUUCAGGGAAGGUAAAUUAGGGUAGGAAAGGUUAUACAACCUGUCUUGUCAGUGCAUCCAUCACAAACUGAAGAUCUGAAGUGAAGGUGGGGUUGGGGGCACAUGUGCUGGGGAGAUCUCAGGUCAGCUGAGGGGACCUCCAAAUGCUGUCCUCCAGAAACCUGAUUUUUAUACACUUUUUACAUGUGGUUUGCCUUGAUAAGCAAGGGGAAGUCAACUGUUACAAAGUAUGCAAACUAAAAUAUAAGCAGGGGUAUGAAAAACACAUAUAGAAAAGCAGAGAAACUUCAGUUUGUCCCUUACAAUCUCAUUUCAGUUUCCAAAAAUAUGAGGGAUUGUUCCUGGGUUAAUUAUCACAUGGUUUUUUGGUCUCUAUAUUUUUGCCACAGGCAGCACUUUCUCUUCUUCGACAACUUCCAGUCAUAUCUCAGGCCCUUGACAUGAGCACUAAGCCAUACAUUGUUAGGCAUAGAUAAGGCAAGUGGAGGCAGUUGGAGGUGAGUGGAGUGAUAGAGGCAUAGCUACAGCCUUAUCUGACCUGCACAGCUAGGGGCAGUUCUCAUCCUGUACUCCAGUCUUGCACGACCUCUCCCCUUCUUCAGCAGUCUAUGCUUAGGCCAUAUUCCACAUAUGCCUACAACUCAACUUUUUGUAAAGUAAACGUGUUUAGGGAUGGUAAACUAUUGAAAAUUAUUUUUUGCCACUCUGCAUUUUUGAGAUGCAGUACCGAACAGAUUCCAGUAGGGAAAGCCAAGAACGGCAUAAUUUGUGGGUGAUUAAAGAAUGACAGUUCUUUUAUUUAUGUGAUGAAGGCAUGUUGGAGUAGGCAACUGUGGACGUCGCUUAUAGUCGUAAUAUUAACAAUUAUGGUAACUUUCCUCCAGCGUGCAUAGUUUUACCUAGAAAUGCAAUUUUCAGAACUUGGGCAUCUAUUUCCUGUGAUACCAGAUGUGUAAGUGCAGUGAUUGUGUGGGUUGGUUCCUUUGCCUGGAGAAUCAUAGAAUUAUUACAAUUGGAAAAGACCUCUAAGAUCAUCUAGUCCAACCAUCAAGCCAUCACCAGCAUGCCCAGUAACCACAUCCCUCAGUGCCACAUCUACAUGGUUCGUGAACACCUCCAGGUAUGGUGAUUCCACAGUUACACUGGGUAGCCUGUGCUAGUGCUUGGAGACAGGUCUUAAGUGCACUGCAGGUUGUAGUGUUGCUGUUAGCAGCUCAUUUUUAGUUUUUUCUUCUUCUUUGAGCUUGAGAGUUUUGGUUGUUCGCUCAUUUGUCCUAGGUCAUGCAAUAUCUAUCCUGCUAUCUUUUUUUCUCUGAUCAUGUUUUGGGGAUUGACCUUUUUAUUGGUGAAAUCAGAUGCCAGCACAGACAGGGUGUUGUGGCUGAAGCAGUGCCCAGCAGGAGUAUCUUGGCUGGAGCAUCUCUGCCCAUUGCUAAUAUUCUGACAACUGUAGGAAAUACAUUUGUAAGCAGUGAACAGCUGCUAAACAGAAAUUCUCAGUAAUGUGUUUUGUUCUAUUUUCAAGGAUCUUUGCAUGUCUGAUUUAUACUAAGUGCUGAAAGCAUGUUCUAAAACAAAGCUAAUGAAAAAAGAAUCUUUAUUUUAAGCUGGAAUUUAUGUGAAAAAUCUUUCUGUUAAGAGAAAUUUCUAGGCUUGAUUUUUCCCACUUCAUUCUUAGAGAACAAUUGAUUUCCUGUGACAGAAAGUGAGCAAUGAAGAGCUGAAUCCAUAUUUCAUGCUGACACUUUACGGUUUUUAUAGAGAGCCGAAACUAUGAAGGUGAGGUAAAAGAUGAGAUAAACCUGUUUUUGUACACACAGGAAUGGCAGUUUCUGUAGCAUUUACCCAGCACUACUGCUGCUAAAGCACAUGCAGCAACAGCAGAACUGAAACCGUACAGAAGGUAGUGGGCUGAAAGAAGGCUCCUCCUUUCCUGGGAUGUAACAGAGAGAACAGCAAGGAUGCGCAUAGACGUGCAGGUUUUGCUGUUGGUAGUACUCCAGUUAACAAGGUUACAAUGGACAGGUGACCCAAGAGGUUGCCCUUUAUCACUGCAAGUAUACUGGCUCAUGGUACCCUGUGCAUAGUUCUAAUGUGCUUUCUUAAAACAGAAACCCAUGGCGUUACGUUGUUUGCAUCUUUGUUUGUUGCCCUACAACCUUUCCUGAGGGGAAAGGUUGAAGUGUGAGCUCAGUCUUCUAGACAAACAAAAUCUGCACUCAGCAUCAUGAAAAGCUUCACUCAUAGUCAUCCAUCAGUCUCAUACUGAAAGUCCAAAGGAAAUAAACUUUCUUAUUCCUUAGGGAAUAACAUAUCUGUGGGCAGCUGCUUGAGGAAGCAGUUGGUAUGGAGGUCACUCAGGUAGUGAGAGAGUUUUAUUCAGUUCUGAAAGCUUGCAGCCCUGUCUAAAUGGGACAGGACUUGGGUUUUAUUCAACCUGCUGUGGAAGUUUGCAUUAUGAUUUGCUAUCUUCAACUUAAAACCUGCAAACAAUGCAUCCUGUGCCUUCUGUUUCGGACUGCAUUGUUCAGAGUGCUGUGUUUUUCUUAGCUGUUCAUAAAUCAAAGCAUAGUGUUCGCUGUAAAAGAGGCCUAGUCCAUUAACUGCUUUGAAGGUUAGGGCCAAGACCUUAAGCUGGCAGGAGGAAACCAGAAGCCAAAGGAGAGACCGGAGUGCUAAGACCAUCCUAAACCUUGCAGGAGCCAGGCAGUCCCAUUUUUUUGCCAUCUGGAGUUUUAUCGUUGGUUUGACAUCCAAGGUGAGAAACAGUGAAUCACAGUAAUCCAACCUUGAGUUCUUUGGCCUUGUUUGUAGAGAGAGAUUGAAUUUCCAGCAAGUAGAUGGUGGAAGAAAGAUAGAUUUUGUAACCAGUGCUCUACGGUCAUGAAAGAUGCUAUUUUGUGCUAUGGACAGGAGCUCCUGCUAGCCCAGUUUUAUAGCUAGCUCUUUGCAUUCUGUGCUGUAAAAGAUAGCGAUGCUUAAUGGUUUGUGUGUGUUAAGCUUGAAAAAAAUGUUCUCCUUUCAGCCCCCAGUUAUUUUUCUUAUUAAAGGCAUUUUUUCUUAGGUUUAAAACCACAGUAAAAAUGUGAUGAUAGGAUUAAGCUAGAACAGUAUUUGCGUGAAUUUUGUAGCUGUUGUUUUUGAAUGAUUCUAGUAAAUAAUAAAGUAAAAAAGGUUAUUUAGAGGUGUUAUGAGCCAGCCUCAAAUUCUGCUUAUUAGCUCCUUUACAUGCAGAGGUAUUUUGGAAAUAAGCAUCCUGUGGCUCGCACCGUACUAGUAAGUGAAGGAGACAAAACACCACCACAAGAUUUGGUAAUGUGACUAUACUGAGGCUCUUUAUAAAAUGAGAAAUGGUGUUGUUUCAGCUACUUAAGACAGAAUGACUGAAACUGAGUCUGGCAUUAGCUCUUUGGCGGCUCACAUGAUUUCUGAAAUCUGGCUGAUUAUGUGGGGAAGGUAAGAGAAAGGGGCCUGGGUUACCUGUUUAUCAGAGCACCUUUCCAUUGCUUUCCAUUGCUAUGUAAAAGUAUAAAACACUUGUGGAUACCAAGGCAGCUGGGUGAAUUGCUCUGUGGGAUUGAACAGCAUCUCUGUCUAAAAGGUAUACGUACCUAUCUCUGUAAAUCCUGUGUAUAUUAAAGAAGCCCAGGGCAUCACAGCUGGAGGCCUGAGAUGUGAAAUCACAAAGGUGGUGUUUGUUCUCUCCAAGAGCACACCUUCUGGUCUUUGCUGCUGAAAGCCAUAGCAACCAACACCUGGUGAUAGUCCCAGGCCACUGCUCUGCUCCUGCCCUGCCUCCCCCAAGGAGGAGUUUGGCAACACUGCAUCCUGUCCCAAUGACUGCCUGCCCCUGUUUUGAUGAUUAUUGUAAUAUAGACUAUUCAAUUAUGUUAUUCUUCCUUUGAAAAUGCCAUCUGACCAUCCAGUGGUCAAACAGGAGUGGGCAGGAUUGCUGCUUGACCUGACUGGCACAAGUAGGAUGACAGAAUGACUUCAGCAGCUCCCAGUUGGGAGUGCCUGUAUUAGCAGCUUCUUAAACACAGGUUCAGUAUUGGUGCUGCAGGCAGCCUCUGUGUCCUUAAUAUCCUGUCAAGGAAGGUGGUGGUUAAGACUAUAUGCAACUAAAUUUCACUGUUGAAGCUGCUCCUGUUUUGCUCAGCCAGUGAAUAUUUUUUCCAUGUUCCAGAUUUGGAGUAGUCAUAGGGCAGCAAGCAUCUCUACUGGAAAGGUUUUGUUUAAGGAUGAUGUUCUGUUUAUAAAUUCCUGAUUCGGUUAGCUUUAUUUCAAAGCUGAUGACUCCUGCUCAUCUGAAUCUUUGGAAAAAGCACUUGCCUGACUGGAUGUGGAAGUCAUGAAGAGAGGCAUCUUUCCCAGGGAACUUGCAACUCGUCCUCGUUCUGCGCCCAACAGGACUUAUUCAUCGAGCUCUCUCAGACAUUGCUUUCAAGUUCAACAGAGAUGAGUUUAAAAUGAAAGUACCUAUCAUAAUGCUGGGCUCAGUAUCAGAACUGCAGGGUUACAUUGAUAAAACACAAUUAACAGAGGAUCUUGGUGGCACCCUGGAUUACUGCCAUAACAGAUGGCUAUCCCUUCGCACUGCUAUAGAAGGUUUUGCCCAAAAGGUUAAGCAAACAGCUCAGAUUCUUCAGUCCUUUGGGACUGAACUGGCUGAAACAGAACUACCAAAUGAUGUGCAGUCAACCAGCUCCCUUCUUGCAAUACAUACGGAAAAGAAGGACAAAAUGAAGGAAGAUAUAAGGUUAGCAGUAGAACAGGGAGACGAUAUCCUUGGAAGUAUUACAGAGCCAGUUACUGAGAACCCUGAAUACAAGCUGAAUCAAGACCAACUAGACAAUCAAACUACAGUAGAAAGGCUUUUGGCUCAGUUACAUGAAACAGAGUCCGCCUUUGAUGAGUUUUGGAUUAAGCACCAGCAAAAACUUGAGCAGUGUCUGCACCUUCGGAAUUUUGAACAGAAUUUUAGAGAGGUUAAAGCAGCUUUGGAUAUUGUGUCCGAGAGACUGUCUGCUUUCACAGAUGUGGGAAACAGCUGCUCACAUGUGGAGCACAUUUUGAAAGAUCUUGCCAACUUUGAAGAAAAAUCAUGUGAAACUGUAGCAAAAGCCAGAAUGCUAGCUUCAGAGGGUGACGCUUUUAUUCAGAGCAAUCAUUAUGCUGUGGACUCCAUUAUUCCAAAAUGCAGUGAGCUUCAUCAUCUAUGUGAUGCCUUCACUACUGAGAUGGAACAGAGGAGGAAUGUUCUUAAUAAAUCUCUAGAACUGCAUGGCUUACUGGAAAAGUCUAUGAAGUGGUGCGAUGAAGGAAUUUAUCUUCUGGCUUCACAACCUGUAGAUAAGUGUCAGUCUCAGGAUGGUGCAGAAUCAGCAUUACAGGAGAUUGAGAAAUUCCUAGACACUGGUGCAGGCAAUAAAAUUAAGGAGUUGAAUAAAGUUUACAGAGAGUAUGCACACAUCCUCAAUGAGGACCUAAAGGAGCAUAUACAAAAGGUUUUCCAGAAGCAAGAAAGCAUGGAAGAAAUGUUUCAAAAGAGACAAGUAAGUCUUAAGAAACUGGCAGCUAAGCAAACACGUCCUGUUCAGCCAGUUGCACCUAGACCCGAAGCCUUUGUAAAAUCUCCUUGUACCUCUCCAGGUCUUCAAAGAGAUUGUGUAUCCAACACAGAAAGCGGUGUGCUUCGGAAAGUAAACUACAGAAGAGGAAAGAGUGAAAUGAGUGAACUCCAUCAAAGCAGAGGAGGAUCUACAAUGGAUGAUGAAGAAAACCUAGCUGUGUUACGGCAGCAUGUAAUGAAUGAACUUAUUGAAACGGAACGAGCAUAUGUGGAAGAACUUCUCUGUGUUCUUGAGGGGUAUGCUGCAGAAAUGGACAACCCCUUAAUGGCUCACCUCAUUUCACCAGAACUCCAAAACAAGAAGGAUAUUUUGUUUGGGAAUAUGGAAGAAAUUUAUCACUUUCACAACAGGAUAUUCUUGAGAGAACUAGAAAAUUAUGUAGAAUACCCAGAACUGGUAGGACGGUGCUUUCUGGAUCAGAUGGAAGAUUUCCAGAUUUAUGAGAAAUACUGUCAAAACAAACCUCGAUCUGAAAGUUUGUGGAGGCAAUUUUCAGAUUCCAUAUUCUUUCAGGAAUGUCAAAGGAAACUCGAUCACAAGCUCAGUUUGGACUCAUACCUGCUGAAGCCAGUUCAAAGAAUAACCAAAUACCAAUUAUUGCUAAAGGAGAUGCUGAAGUACAGUAAGAACUGUGAAGGUGCUGAAGAUCUUCAGGAGGCAUUAAAUUCUAUAUUGGGUAUUCUCAAAGCAGUCAAUGAUUCUAUGCACCAGAUAGCCAUCACAGGCUAUGAUGGAAACCUGAAUGAGCUGGGCAAGCUCCUAAUGCAGGGAUCCUUCAAUGUCUGGACUGAUCAUAAAAAGGGUCACUCAAAGGUGAAAGAUUUGGCACGCUUCAAGCCAAUGCAGCGACACCUGUUCCUCCAUGAGAAAGCAGUGCUGUUCUGUAAAAAGCGAGAAGAAAACGGAGAAGGAUAUGAGAAGGCACCUUCUUAUAGCUAUAAACACUCCUUAAAUAUGGCAGCAGUUGGAAUAACAGAAAAUGUCAAAGGUGAUGCAAAAAAAUUUGAAAUCUGGUAUAAUGCAAGGGAAGAAGUUUACAUCAUACAGGCACCAACUCCUGAAGUUAAAGCCACUUGGGUAAAUGAAAUAAGAAAAGUGCUGACUAGUCAACUGCAGGCAUGCAGAGAAGCCAGUCAACAUAGGACUCUUGAACACACUCAGAGUUUACCUCUACCAGCAUCAUCCUGUACAAGUCCUUCAAGGAACAACAUCAGAAACGUGAAAAAAAUGGAUGAGAGAAAAGCUGAUCUCACAAGUCUAGAAGGUUAUGUCACCACAGUAGCACCAAAGUACCCCGAGAAAGGCAAAGAAACUCCAUCUUCUACUGCUAAAAGCCAGACAUUGCCAAUGAUCCUUCUUACAGGACCAGCUUCUCCUACCAGUCCUGACAAAAAAGCUAAACGGCACGAAGUAGUGAGUGAUCCAACUCCUUUUGGUGUAAGAGGUUGGGCUAAAACGUCUCAUUCUCUUGAUGCAUCUGAAGAAAAUGACGGCUGGUCCAGUGCUGAGGAGCCGCUGAAUUCAUCGGAUGCAGAAGAAGAAGGAGGAGGAGGAGGAGAGAGAAAUGAGAUGAAGCUGACUCCUGGUAAAUAUACAGUUGUGUCUGACUACGAGAAAGGAGUUUCUGAAGAAUUUGCAGUGAAAGGUGGAGAUCUAGUUCAACUGAUUCGUGAAGGGGAGGAUGGACUUUGGUAUGUGAAGAAUCUGACCACUGGUAGAGAAGGUUGGAUCCCAGCAAACAAUCUGCUGAUGCUCAUAGGCAAUUCAAAAUCAGCUCAAUCUUUGAGCAGCUCUGAAUCAGGCACUGCUUCCAGCACUUUGAGCACGUCAUCAAGUUGCAGUGAUAGCUGCAAUGCCAGCAGCACCAGCUUCUCAGACAUUAAGGGCUAAUGUCAUAUUUUCACCUCACCUCCACGGAAAGUAAAUCUGGAGUUUGAGCCCAACAUCCAAAACUCGAGAUGGCCAUCAGAGAACUAUCUGUUCUGAAUUGCUGGUUUUCAGUGUUUUCUCUGAUUUUCAGAGAUUCUCACAGAAGAUCGUAGUGAAAAGUGCAUUGAAUGUGAAGUUGUUGUAAAUAAAAACUAAAUGAUUUGAAAUAGGGUAUCGUAGAGGCUUCUCCUCUGAAGUUUGAAGCUGCAGAGGUGUUGGCAUAAAACACAUUUAUACAAUCAGGUUUCUGCAGAACUGUAUCAUUUCAUAACAUCCGGAAUCUGAAUGUGAGCAAACUGUGUUCAGUGCUAAAUCCUUGCUGUAAGCUAAUAACGUAGCAAUCACUGUACAGGAUAGAUAUGAGGAGAAUAAAUCGGAGUUUACAGUUUCUCCUCCUCGAAAUACCCAUUCUCCCCAGAUGUACCUCAGUCAGUGCAGUCAAUGGGACUCCUACAGCCACCAGGAAGUAAGUUUGGUGAGCCAUUUCUCUUGGGUCCUUGGGAUACUCUUCUGCACCUCGGAAAUGGAUGCAGAAAUUACCAAUCCACUGACCAUAACAGCAUCAGAAGAGGAAAUCAUUUUAUCCUUUCCAACCUUUUGGCAAUUCAUGCAAUGGAAUAGCUGUUUUUGGGGGGGUUUUUUUUAGUAUUUUGCCUCACAACCAAUCUCUUCACCAAGAUCUGUGUUUACGUAGCCUUAGCAAUUUAGUAGUGUCGUCUUCCCUACACGGGUGCACAAUGAAACACAAAUAUUCUUAUUCACUAGAUGAUUUCUUAGUAAACUAAUUUCAUGGUUACCUUCAGCUCUAACAGUUAACAUGCAGUUAUAGGCAAAGAAAACUGUGGUGAGUUCACUAUGGACCAAGAGCAUAUCUUCAGGAAUACUUAAAAUGGUGAGAAACCAGGCACUUUUAGUCAAUGGUAUUUGUUACAGACUUAUUCAAAGAGACAGAAAUGACAUAAUUUCUUAUAAAGCGGAACGUGGGUGAAAAAUAAUCUUUAUUAGUGUCAGAUUUGUCAAAUAUAAAUUUCUUAAAGGGAAGGUAGUGCUAAACUUUCUAUUUUUCAAGGUGUCAUGUAAGCCAAUGUUAGGAAUUAUCACCUUGUUUCUGUUCUGUGCACUUUGUCCUUACAGUACAGAAUUGUGUGCAUGUUUGAAAUGUAUUCAAUCCCCUAUGCCUUUCAAAUGUUCUUAUAAAAAUAGGCUUUUACCUGAUUUGUAUACCAUAUUACUUAAAAGUAUCACAGACUUUAUGAGCAGAAUUUUUCAAUGUCAGUCGGAACUGCUAUUAAUUAUCGGACCCUCUCUCUGAUGGCUGAGCCCAGAAGUCUAUCUUUGUGCUGGAAAUUCAGAUGUUAGAGCCUAUAGCUUAGGAAACUGAAGGAGAGAUUCUAAAUAAUGGUCUUGGUCCUGAGCUAUAGAAGCAACCCUACCCAAAUGCAAUCAAGAAGCAGCUGACUGCGGUCAGUACAAAUUGAAACACAUGUAUACGCACACAUCUAUGCACGUGUGUAUGUGCAUUUGUGUGUCUGUGUAUGUAUGUGCGUGUAGAUAUGUAAAUGUGUAGAUAUGCUGUAUCAAUGUAAAGGAUGUAUUUAUAGUCUUCAUGCUGCUGAAUGUGUCACUUUACAAUUCAUACAUACAUAGGUUUCUUGCAAUACUGCAAUAUAAAUGCAGAUCAGGGUUUUACUUCAGACAUCUUUUCCAACACAGACAUCCUCUGGUCAUCUUUUAAUUAUCCCAUAUGAUACUGUGCUGAUAGGGAAUACUUAGGCUGAUAUUUAACAGUGAGAUGGCAGCAUGAAAUUCAGCUUAUCUUCAUUUUUGUAAGUUAUUUUGUAAAUUCUGUAACAUAAUUUACCUGUGUAUUGCUGUCAUUGCUUGGAUAAGACUGUCCUUUCAUUUCUCACUGCAGCUCAUUUGCGUUAUUUCAAUGGUUUUCUCCACGUCAUGGCACUUUAAUAGAACCCAUUUCCUUUUUCUUUUUUAACUGCUGUUGUGGCUUAGAGGUUCAAAGUCAGAGCUCUCUAUUGUAAUUAUGAAAAUUUGAAUAAAUGUCAGCACUUCUUGCUGAAUGCCUUUA